GAGGUUCUUUCAAAAUGUGGCGCAUUGGUUUGGCUUUUAUUUUGCUGGUAGCUGGUCGGCAAGUAUCGGCGGAUGUAUCCCCAGAAGUUCAAAACGCCGUGGAGCUACCAAAGUGCUACAGUUGCGAGGGAAUAAACUGUCUGAGGACCACGCUCCAAAAUGCGACUGCCAGUUGCACGGAUAAACUGGACGUUUGUGUGACCAUCUUCGAGGAUUAUGCUGUCAGCGAGCGGGGCUGCCUCUCCCAGAUAUCCCUGGCCGGUCAGGCAAAAUGCGAAGCCAAGGACAACCAAUGCCUGAAGUGCAGUGGCCAGUUGUGCAACAACAAAGGACGCAAGGACUUUAAAUGCAUUCAGUGUCUGGGAUCAGAGUCUGCCUCCUGCAACAAGGGUGCCUCUACCUCUCUAACCGCCACCCAAUGCGGCCUGCCCACCUCCGCCAACUCCUUCUGCUUCGUCAAGGUCGUCGGUGAGCACCUGCAGCGGGGCUGUUCCCUGUCCGUCAAGGAGCAGAAGUCCUGCCUGGCCGAUAAGGACUGCUCCCUUUGUUCCCCGGACGAUUCCAGCGACGGCGUGGCCUGCAAUGCCUUUGACUUGACCCUCGAUUCAAAGUCGAGUGCCAACCAAGGUCAACAGGUCAUGAGCUUUGGCCUGGCUGUCCUUGGCUUGCUCUUCCUUCGCUUUCUAAAUUAAUGGUCUAACAACUAAGCUAAAAAAUAAAAAUAAAAUUAAAGCAUUAAUCAUUAUACAACUUA